AUGGAAGUCCCUGUCAGGGAGUCAAUCAAGCAGGUUGAUGAAAAUACAUGGCUCAAUGGUGCCUUCAUCCUCCUCCAUCGUUCAAGCGGAUAUUCUGAUACUGCAACUUGGUACGAUCGGGAUGACGACCUAAGCUACACCCUCACCGAUGCACCUAACCCUGCACCCACAUUCGUGCCGUUGCCUCGGGGUCAUCCUAACAUUGUACUAGUGUACGACGCUGGGGACUGCUCAGACGUAUGGUCUAUAGGCAAUAGUGCCUUCUGCAAAGUCAAACUGCGAGUUAGUGGUACAACACGAGAAGCUACGACAUUGGAUUUCAUCCGGAAAAAACAGCCAGGCUUCGAGACCCCUACUAUCCUCCACCAAGCGGAAUCUGACGGUCGAUCAUACCUUUUCAUGGGUAGAGUACCAGGUCGAACCCUUGCGGAGGCUUGGCCUACUUUAGAGGAGAAAUGGAAAUUUCACUAUGUCGAUGCUGUGGUGAAAAUCUGCCAAACCCUUGAGGGAUGGAAGGGCAAUAUGCUAGGGGGCGUGGACGGGAACCAUAUCCCUGAACAGUAUCUUAUCAAGAACGGGGGUGAACAUAAUUUUCACCCUGAGAGCCUUCGACAGACAUGCGAAUCGAUAGGCAUGGACUGCUCCGAAUUUGUUUUUUGCCAUCCCGACCUAGGCCCUGGUAACAUCAUCGUGGAAGAUGUCCCAAGGGUUGGGUCUGUUGGUAUUAUCGACUGGGAGAUUGCUGGUUAUUAUCCUAGGGGAUGGAUCCGAACAAAGUUUCGGAUAUGUAGUGGAUUGGAUAUUCCAAAUCCGAUGAAAGAACAGCAUUGGUGGCGACGGGAAGUUCAGAAGUCACUUGGCGAACAUGGCUUCGAGGAUUACUCGGAAAAGUGGGGAUCUUGGUGGUAUUGA